CAGCAGGAAGACAUCAUGGAGGUCACAGCGCUCUGCAGCCGACUGCUGACCUGUGUUUUCAUUCUGUAUGGUGCUCAUACUCAGAAGAGCUCUACGCGAAACAACGACGCAGGUUUGCAAAUGAUUGCAGAGAGACUGCAGCUCUUUGAAUACACACCCUUCUCUUUUCUCUGUGAGGGUCCUGGCUCUGCUCUGAGAGGGUUUAGGAACAACAAUGAGUUAAUUAAGGAUUGUUAUAAUAUUGCUUCAUCAACACUGAACUGCACCAUUAAAUCAGCCUAUGAUUCAGACAGUGGAGUUUACUGGUGUGAGGAUGAGAAAGGAGAGAAGAGCAACUCCGUCAACAUCACCGUCGCCGGUGGCUCUGUGAUCCUGGAGAGUCCUGUGCUUCCUGUGAUGGAGGGAGAAUCUGUGACUCUGAGCUGCAGAAACAAGACGACCACUUCCUCCAUCCUGUCAGCUGACUUCUAUAAAGAUGGCCGCCUCAUCAGGAGCAGCCAUACAGGAAUCAUCACCAUCCAACAUGUUGAUAAAUCUGAUGAAGGACUCUACAAGUGCAGCAUCUCUGAAGGUGGAGAAUCACCAGAGAGCUGGCUGACUGUCAGAGCUGGCUCUGUGAUCCUGGAGAGUCCUCUCCUCCCUGUGAGAGACGGAGAAUCUGUGACUCUGAGCUGCAGAAACCAGAUCUCCAUCCUGUCAGCUGAUUUCUAUAAAGAUGGCCGCCUCAUCAGGAGCAGCUCCACAGGAAACAUCACCAUCCAAAGAGUCUCUAAAUCUGAUGAAGGACUCUACAAGUGCAGCAUCUCUGAAGCUGUUCACAGAGAGACGUGUCCCUCCUCAGAUCACUCCCUUCACGUCCUCCUCGUCUUAAGGACUGUGUUCACCGUAGUGAUGGUGGUUCUGCUGCUGCUGCUGGUGGGACUGCUGCAUUGUGGGAAACUCAGGGUCACACAGAAAUAACUCAUGUACAAAGAUCAGAGUUUGGUCAUCAAGACAAAGAACACCACGAGCUGAGGACAUAGACUUUCUCACACUCAAGACAAAGUUAAAAACCACAGAGAUACUGACUGACGCAUGCAUUUAUUUUAAAAGGCGAGCUGAGGGUAUGUUGUUCUGAGUUUUAUUUUAGACUCCAGAUACUUUCAGCUUCUCAGACACAACCCACCCAACAUAUUUUUUAUAUGAAUGUAUGUGAAUAUAUAGAAGAAGCUUUCAAGAAGCUUUUGUAGAAACAGCAAAACAUUCUCAGUUUCAUGGCGUAACUUGAACGUAUAUAACAUAAUGAUGUGGGUUGAACAUGAUCAUUCCUGCAAGCAUAGUAGCAUUAUAGCUCAAAGGACAGCUGUGCAGCCUCACAUAGUUGCUAACUUAACUGUAGAAACUGUAGACAUUUGUUAAAAAGCAACAACAGACUUAUCUUUACUGUUUAUUUAAUACAAAUACUCAACUAUAUAUUUUUUAUAAAUUGUAAGUAGCACCCCAUGUGACAUGUAUUAAAAACAUACAUGGAAGUUGGUAUUUCCCAAAGUGAAUAUUAUCAAAGCUGCACAUCAGCUUCUGAACCUAUCAAUACAAAACACAAUUUCAAACAUUUCCAUUUCUGAGAUUUCUAAAUUAUAAUUUUUUAACGAAAAGAGUAGAUUUUCAGUAAAAUAUAAAAGCAGUGGCCAUCAAUCAGAGGAAGAUCUGUUUACCACAAAACAUGUUUUAAAUUGUUGAAUAUCAGAAUAAUAAAAGUGUGUCUGUAAAUGGUUGAUCUCCUCGUCUUCACUGAGCGUCACAGCAACCUGUGUUUGGGCAGGAAGUCAUGCUGUUCCUGUUUAUAAUGUUUAUAAUGAGGAACUUUCUCUCAUGACUCAUCUCAUCUCAAUUUGAGCUACUUCCUGAAACUCCUGCUUUAUGUGUUUUUUCAAUUGAGAGUUUAUUUGAAACUUCUAAUAAAAGUGGAGUAAGAUCAACAGAGCAGAACAGAGGAGGUUCAUUAUUCUGUUUAAGUGGAUUACAUACAGCGUUCAUAUUGCAUCUUUCCAGUGUGGCUGAA